AUGGAGGAGGGUGUGAAGAGAGGCAAGUCUCAGGAAUUGCUUGUGGAAUCUCUACCGAUGUCUGGCUGGGAUGGUGUAGGGGAAAGCUAUGUGACUUUAUCCUCUGAAUUGCACUAUACUCCAUUUUCAUGUCAAAGAAGUAUGGAUGACAGCUCCCUAGUGGUUUUAAGUGCUGCCUACACCUCAGGCUAUGUGCACUUGAGACAAAGAUUCCAUGCUGCAAAUGCCGCCGUAAGUGUGGGGCACCCAUCGACAUCUGAGCGGCGAGGGCGAAAGCGGCCCGAGGACCCUUUCACCGCCAGUGCGGCCGUCGCGGUCACGGGCAGGAGCCGCGCGCAGUGCCCACCUGUCCGAGUUUCCGUCUGGAGCCACGAGGCAGGCAGGGAGCGGUGGCAGCCAGGUGAUGGAGGGGAAAGGCUGGUGGCGGAGGGUCCAGCAGGCGCGCCCUAAAGAUCGGCUACUCCUGGGGCCAUUGUGGCGCCAAAGCCGGCGGGUGCCGGCCGCGUCCCCAACGAACUGGACCUGGGCGCGCAGUGCGAGCGCUGGGAGACGUUCAGGAAGCUGUGGGGCCUCAGCUGCGAGGGCGCCGCCAAGUUCCUGCUCGCGACAAAUUGAGUACCGGGCCUGGCGUACCACACACGGGGCAGCCACUGCGGCGCUGACCGCUUCGCGGCCUGGGCCCCCGGGGAUCUGCGCGUGGUGGAGCGCAGCUGCUCCGGGGGCUCACAGCAUCGCACCGUCCCAACCCGUCCACUGCGACAGUCCCCUCCUGUUCUUGGGGAAAGGAACCGUGACCCUGGCACCGAAACACCUGCCCACCUCAGUAUUUGUUUUAAAAAAAGAAAACAAAAGAAAGCCUUACUGUGUGAAAAAGGUCUGGUUCUGGACUGGUAA